GGGGUGGCGAAAGAUGGCGGCGACAGUUCUGGGACAGUGGGGUAAGGAUUUGUUAGUGGUUAAGCGGCAGAAAGGGGUCGAGAUGGAGUCUGAGCUGACCGCUUGUGUUGAUGUUGCAGGUGCGUUGUGGAUACAGAACCUGAGGAGUCGGGGGAAGCUGACCUUGGGUGUUUUACCUCAGUCGUACAUCCACACCAGUGCUUCUCUGGAUGUUUCUCGAAAAUGGGAGAAGAAGAACAAAAUUGUUUAUCCUCCACAACUGCCUGGAGAACCUCGGAGGCCAGCAGAAAUCUACCACUGUCGAAGACAAAUAAAAUAUAGCAAAGACAAGAUGUGGUAUUUGGCAAAAUUGAUACGGGGAAUGUCCAUUGACCAGGCUUUGGCUCAGUUGGAAUUCAAUGACAAAAAAGGGGCCAAAAUAAUUAAAGAGGUUCUUUUAGAAGCACAAGAUAUGGCAGUGAGAGACCACAAUGUGGAAUUCAGGUCCAAUUUACAUAUAGCUGAGUCCACCUCAGGGCGAGGCCAGUGUCUGAAACGUAUCCGUUACCAUGGCAGAGGCCACUUUGGGAUCAUGGAGAAGGUUUACUGCCACUAUUUUGUGAAGUUGGUGGAAGGACCGCCGCCUCCGCCUGAGGCGCCCAAGACUGCCGUCGCCCACGCCCAGGAAUACAUCCAGGGGCUUCGCAACCGGACCAUCAUUCACACUCUCUGAUGGGGCUCAGAUGCCAUGGUGUAUAGAUUUUGCCAUUUAUUUGCUAAAAAUAAACAAAAAUUAAAGGCA